AUGGCCUCCUUCUACCCCGUGAAGAAAGAAGGCCCUUCAGAUGUCACGCGAGUAGCUGCAUCGCUCCGAGCCGGUGCCGCCAAGCAGGAGAAUGUGCUGAAGAAGCAGGCAGCUACCACGCCCGGGCAGCAGCUGCACCGGUCGCUUAUUGCAAAGGAAAAUUCCGCCGAAGAUGUCCUUCGCAUCGCACACCAGGCCCUAGCGGAGCUAGAUGCCAACAACAGCGCCACCGCCAUCCACAAGGCAGCACAGUGUUGCCGUCGCGGUGGCAGAGAGACCGCGAAUCUGCGGCGAGACACGAGGCUCCUGGAGGUCUUGCGGGUGGCGCACCCGAACUGUGGAGCCUGGACGUCCCGUCAGCUAUGCCACGUUGCCUGGUCCUUAGCAGUCCUCUCCAUGAAUGGAGGUCACACUGCUCAGCUUCUGGCCGAUGUUUGCGACGCUUUCGGGCGACGGGUCGCCACAGAAGGCGUUCCCCAGGACAUGUCCACCUUUGUUUGGUCCCUGGCGACUUUACUCGCCGUGGACCACUCGCCGGCCUUUGACAUUACGAUGAGGGCGUCGAUGGAGAAACUAUCGGAGUUCGGCGUGCAGGACUUGGCUAUAUCGGCAUGGGCCCUGGCGAAGCUUCUCUUUGCCGAGCGGCGUCCCUUUCUCGCGGCAUUUGCCUCGGAGUCGACCCGGAAGCUGCAGGAGUUUGGCGGCCGUAAUUUGUCAAGCAUCUCGUGGGCCUAUGCAGCGGCACAGCAUCGUGAUCUACCUUUGUUUGCUGCCUUGGUGGAGCAAUGCAGUGCACGAGUUACCGAGCUCGGUGCACAGGAGCUUCCAAUCACUCUUUGGGCCCUUGCGGUCAGUGGAUAUCCUGCCGACGCCGUAUUUCGGGCUGCUGCCUCGCAGGCUCAGCGGUCUUUCUCCGGCAUGGACGUGUCCCACAUCUGCAACAUUGCCUGGGCAUAUGCCAGGGCUGGUCCCAGGGAGGAGGAGCUCUUUGAAGCGUUGGGCCAUGCGGCCGCGGCCAGAGUGCGUGAGCUGGAGCCACUUCAUCUGGCAAACCUCUGCUGGUCGUUUGCAAACGUCUCCCGUGCGGACGAGCUGAAUGAGUUGCGCCAGCCCGGACAACGCCACCCUGCACUCUUUGCGGCCCUUACAGCUUCCUGCAGCAGGCUAGCGGGAGAGCUGGUUGCACAACAUCACUCCUCCAUCCUUUGGGCUUUUGGCGUGUGCCAGGUGCGCGGCAUUGGAAAGGUGAUCGAUGCGCUUCUUCCUGGCAUGCGCAGGGUCAGCUACGACGGGCGCCAGGUGGCUGGGAUGCUUUGGACCAUGGCCGUUCUUUCUGAACAUCACCGCGACUGCAUCGAACUGCUCCUCCGUGCGGUGGCAGAGGAGGGAGUAGUUGGGCUCGUGAAGGAUGGUCCCGCGCACCUGGCGUCAAUCGUUUGGGCAACAGCCCGUCUGCCACCAUCGCGGAAUGGAUUCGUGGAGAAGGCUCUGGCGCACCCGAGCGCGCCCAAGCGCUUGGCAUCGGAACUGUUGGGCUCCGCUGCCGAGCUCAGCGAGGGCCGGCGCCAGAACAUUGCCGCCGUGGUUCGCUCCAUGUAUGACAUGGGUCUGUCUACCGCCGCCUCUGCACUUUUGGAUGAGUGCGAGGUGCUGGGCAACAUCUGCGUGGGAACAGAGGCUUGGGCAGCCUGGCUAUGUGGUGCCGCGGGCGCCGGUGAUGCGGAGCUGGAGGUGAAAGCUUGGGCAGGCUUGGCAGACAACUGCGACGGCGUGCCACGAAGUACGGUCGUGCUCAAUGCCGCGGCCGCUAGAGGUCUUUCCCUGUCUCGGCCGGAUCUUAGCAGAUGGGCGCUGAACCUGCUGGUCGAAGAGGCAGAGUGCGACUCCGUGACCAACUUCCUUCGCAGCCGC